UGGUGAGCGCCUCUGCUGGCCUUCGAAAUGGGCUCGACUCCUUAGCCUUGAUUUCUUCAAUUGUCCCUCCGCAUAUCAACUUUUUUUUUAAUUAAGAAACGCUUGUUCGCGAUGACAUUUGGAGGAGAAUUGGCAGACAAGGUCAGCCAGGUGAUUUCACAACUGGUUCCUGUGCGGGCUGACUGGCUUGCAAGUUUCAGUUCCUGUGCAGUACAGUAAAGCCACUCGCUUGGUCAGAGGAUUGCAAUGAAACAAGCUCAGGAGCGGAACCAGGAGUGCCUGCCUCCUAAGAAGAGGGACCUCCUAGUUAGUAACAGCAGUGGAGCUGGAGGGACAGUAGGAGUUGGGGCUGCUGGAGGUGGUGGUAGUAGUGGUGGUGGCAGUAGUGCUGGUGGUGGUGGUAUUGGAGAAGAUGAAGUGGUGUCCAUCCAGAACUCUGCGGCCAACAGUGACACUCAAGGAGGGACCCCAUCUGGAGAGUGGCUGCGCACUCAGCCAGGGCUUCAUUAUGGAGUGGAUAAUUCUGAUGGUAUACCAGCAGUGCCAGUUGACCAGUACGGUAUGCUCUACAAAGUGGCUCUUCCAUCUGUUACCUACUCGCCUACUAGUCUUCACCCAGUGUUAAGCCACAUCUCUCCAGCCUACACUGUACACUCUCCUCUCCUGCAGCAUCCAGGCCUUUCCUAUCCUCCUCUUGGGUAUGCCCAGAUCCCUCAUUCCUCUCUCCAGUUUGUUAGUUCCCCUUAUGCAGCGGUACCUUACGCUCUAACCCCUGGCUUUGUCCCGGGAUCAUUAAUCUCUCCCUCAGGCACCAUUCCUCAGCCCCAUGCUGUGUCCCACCUUGUUCCCUAUCCAUCGGUCAUACAGGAAGGUGUUGUUUCCCCACCUCCCCAGGCCCAGGUAGCUGCUCAUACCUUUGCCAAAGUUGCCGUAUCCAGCGGUGUCCCGCUGAUGCUGCCUUCAGAGCAAGCUGCCCAGCAGCACCUUGGUACACUAGGAGUAAUGCCCGCAACAGAGCUCAGCUCUCGGGGGUUGUCUGUCUUCUAUCACCCUCAGGGCGCCAGGGCUGCCUCCAGAGACCCACACAGUGCCCAGCAGGAGAAUGAACCAGAGAUGAAUGGAGGUGAUAAAGAGCAGGGAGCUAGGGAGGUUGUACUUGAUUCAGCCUACACUGCCAGAAAUACACGUCUGCUGCAGGUAGCAUCCAACUGUGCAGCCCAGGAAUAUAGCCAAGACAGAGGCCUGCUGAACCGAAGGCUGGAAGAGAGGAGCUCACCUGGCCAGCGCAGCACUCCAGACAGCGACCUGGAGGUACAGCAUGUGGUUGGUCGUUUUGCUUCCUCUAGCCAAGGUGGAGUGCGGAAAGAGGUGUCCUUUGCUCCCUUAAACCUCUCUCAGGGGGCCCAGAGAACCAGAGAUGUCCAUGGAGAGUCCGGCCGGACUGCGUACGCGGCCCAGACUGUGAGUUACAAUGAUCCCAGAGUCUCCGGUCUCCAGCAGCAAACAGGACAACCAGGCCAUGCUGUCAUGCUUGCCAACGGGCAACCAGUUCUUAUUCCCUUGGAGUAUCACCUGCAGCAUCAGCCCCAACCACCACAGCAACACUACCCAGGACAGGCUAAUGAUGCCUCACCCAGCCAUGCCUCUACCACCAUGGCCUCCCCUAACCCAAGCUUUAAAGCCUCUGACUCUUCAGCCAGAGUGUGCCUCCUUGAAAGGGCGGAGUUGACCACAGCUCAGCAGCAGCUCCCCCAGCAGCCUCCUCUCCAGCCUACAGCAGAUGUGACUCGGGCCUUAGCUUCAAGCCUCGCUCCUGCCUCGACUCCCUCCAACCCGUCACACUUCAUGAAGGGAGCCAUUAUCCAGCUGGCCACUGGGGAACUGAAGCGUGUGGAGGAUCUGCAGACUCAGGACUUUGUGCGGAGCGCUGAGGUGAGUGGGGGGCUCAAGAUUGACUCCAGCAUGGUGGUGGACAUCCGUGCCAGCCAGCAAAGACCAGGCCUUGUGUCGCUUCACUUCACUGUGGGGGAGCAGCAGAGCAAAGUGACCAUCGAUGUGCCCCCGGAGCACCCCUUUUUUGUGUUCGGGCAGGGCUGGUCGUCCUGCAGCCCUGAGCGCACAGCCCAGCUCUACGGCUUGGCCUGCCAUCAUCUGCAAGUAGGAGACGUGUGUGUGUCCAUCACCCUGCAGCAGCAGCUUCAGCCACAGCAGCAGAAACAACCACAGCACCAUCAUUCACAGCAACAACAACAACAGCAGAACCUGUCCAGGACUUUGAGCAAAUCCAACGCUACACCAGGACCUGGUCACCAGCUCAUGGGGCCCCCUGCCCCUCAGCAGUCACGGCCUCCGUCUCAUUUCAGGCUAGACCGCAUCCACAGAGAGAGACAGAGGGAUGGGGAAAAAGAUGCGCUCGAUAAGGAGGAAGCCACACAUUUAGGGGUUGUUGGGCACCCUGAGACGCCCAUCAGACCAAGUAGGACCUCAGCAGAGCAUCCAAGGAGCCAGAGCAGUUACCACUUGCACACAGAGGGCUCUGCUUUUGCAGGAGCAGGGACGGGAGCAAUGCAGGCUGCGCUAGGUGCUUCUCAGAGGCGCUGGUCCUCACCUGGCCUCCAAAGAUACAGUAUGAAGGGAGACGAAGGGCCACGCCCUCAAUUAAGCACCUCCGGCCACACAAGGCCCUCUUUCAUACCCCAGGAGGUCAAACUGUCCAUUGAGGGGCGCUCUAAUGCAGGGAAGUAGCAUCACAUUUGGUAGCAACUAUAGAAUAGACUGCCACGAGUAAGAAUGAGUCUGACAAGGAGAGAAAGAGGAAAAAAGAGUGCGAAUGUAGCCUCAGAAUGUAUGAGAUUUUGCACACCUAAAAUAUACAAAAAUACAAGAUCUUUGUCUAUCUGGUGAGAAGUUUUGGUUUGGUCUGGUUGUUACUCAGCCAAAGAAUACAAGCCUGUGGAUUCACAGCCAGCUGAGGUCUGACAGGGACAGCUGAGUAGAACGUAUGUAGCGGAUGAAAUGCUUACUAUAGUCCUUGCACACUGCAUUUCUCUUCCUCCCUCCCUCCUUUGUCGCCACUUCCUCAUACCUAUGCUUGGAGGUUACCAUCGCAUUCAGAACACUCUUGCUUCCUUUUUGACCAAACCAUCUCUUUGAAAGACCAAGGACUACAAAGAAUGUGUUUGUAGCACAGUGAAGCUACCCACUCUGCAGGUUCUGAUGUAUUUAAAAGAUCCCAGCCAGUGGUCUUUUAUCUCCAUUCCUAAGAUCCUGUUUCCUUCAAAAGCAUUUGCCCAAAAAAGAGUGGAGUUGCUGACAUCAGCGGCUCCUGCGGUGAUGUUGGCACUGUUUGCGCUAACUGUCGGUGUAUGUUACAUUAUGCUUCUCUGGCAGGAGUCUUCUGCUGUCAGCAGGCGUACUCUGGUACUCUGGCCGGUCUGCAAAGAAUAGGAUCCUCUCUCAGGCCAAGUGUGGCACGUCCCACUUGUCUUCAACAAUCAAAAUAGUGAUAAAUCAAUCAGUGUGUCUGUUCAGCAAUCAUUUUUCACAAAAAAAAAAA